AUGCCGCCGUGGGGCAUCAGGAGAUCAUGGCUGUCUUGGAUGCUAUUUCUCUUUGUUUCCUGUAUUCUGGGCUUGGCGGAGGGUUAUGAAAUGGUUGACGGGUCGAAUUGGAGGGUGGAAAAUGGAUCGGUGACUGCUGGUUUUUACCGAUGGGUCGGGUCAUAUUACAAUGGAACAACUACGAUUGAAUUCAACCCAUUCGCAGGACUAGCGGCGAACCAGAGUGAGCAGUCUCAUCAAGACGAUUGUCCGGAACUCCACGGCCCUCGAACCAUCGCCAAAUUCGACGGCAGACUGGCCGUCACCGAAACAGCCAAGAAGUUCGGGGACGACCAGAACCCCCUUGAUUUCUAUCUCGGUCUUUGGAAUCUCGGAUUCAACACUUCGGAGCUGGUAGACACAAUCACUUUUCCAUCAGAAAAGUGGUCCCUUUCUCAGCUAGGCACGCAGGGCGCACCAUAUAACGUGUCCACCACCAAUUUUGACCAUAGCUAUAGCCGGCGUCUCCGUUUCAACAUGAGCGAUUGUUACACCGGCGAAGAGAGGCCGUACAAAGGAAUAUUAAUCUCCAAAGCGUGGACGAAUCUGACCACUUAUGGAGUGCCAAUCUCCAUGCGAAAUAGCUCGGAAAACUGGCAAUAUCCGGAUCCGGUCAUGAAUAUGCAAUUCGACAGCGGCAGUGCAAAUCUCACCGUCACUGGGUACCUCGAGGCGCAGCCCGGUGCGAGAUAUCUGUCCUACUGGAAACCGGAAUACUAUAUUCCAGGUCAAAUUAAGAUGACAUUCCAGGGUCGAGUGGACAAUUACCAUUCCGAUGUUCUGACCAGUGAUAGUUCUACUCCGACCUGGCGCAGAACUGUUCGCUGUGGCAUUGGUUCUAGCGACGAGGACGUCCCCAAUAGCACUGGGAAAGCUGGUGGAUCGAGUGCUCGCGUCAUCCCAGGAAAUCUCUGCCUUGUUUCUUUGGUCGUUGCGGCAGGUAUCUCCAUUAUAUACUUUUAA